GGAAAACGACAUACAAUCCAAGUUUCUAACGAUAACAACAUCUCUUUCACUUCCUUCAUAGCUCAUUUCAAACCACACAUUCAAACUAACUCUGCAAAAAAAAAAAAAACUCAGAGCAGAGGAGAUCGAGAGAGACAAAGAGAGAGAGAGAGAGAGAGAGAGAUCUUAACAAAAAAAUGUCUAUAUCCAUGGCGUUAUUCUCUCCGCCGAUCUCUUCCUCACUUCAGAACCCUAAUCUCAUCCCCAAGAUCUCAACCUCUCUUCUCUCCACCAAGCGUUUCUCUCUAAUCUCCGUCCCUAGAGCUUCCUCCGACAAUGGUACGACUUCCCCCGUCGUGGAGAUUCCGAAGCCUGCUUCUGUGGCUGUAGAGGAAGUUCCAGUUAAAUCUCCAGCCGAAAGCUCCUCCGCUUCUGAAAACGGCGCCGUUGGAGGUGAAGCGACUGAUUCGAGUACUGAGACGGUAAUCAAAUAUCAGAAUGCGAAGUGGGUUAAUGGAACUUGGGAUCUGAAACAGUUCGAGAAAGAUGGCAAAACUGAUUGGGAUUCUGUUAUCGUUUCUGAGGCAAAGAGGAGAAAAUGGCUUGAAGAUAACCCGGAAACAACGAGUAACGACGAGCUUGUUGUCUUCGAUACUUCGAUUAUUCCAUGGUGGGCAUGGAUGAAGAGAUACCAUCUACCUGAAGCUGAACUUCUCAAUGGUCGUGCUGCGAUGAUAGGGUUCUUCAUGGCUUACUUUGUUGAUAGUCUUACCGGAGUAGGACUUGUUGAUCAAAUGGGAAAUUUCUUCUGCAAAACACUCUUGUUUGUGGCUGUAGCUGGAGUUCUCUUCAUCCGUAAGAAUGAAGAUUUAGACAAACUUAAGGAUCUGUUCGAUGAGACUACGUUAUAUGACAAACAAUGGCAAGCUGCAUGGAAAGAGCCAGAUUCAUCAACAGUUUCUUCAAAGAAGUGAACAAGUUCUUACAAUCUUUCAUUUUCCUUUUUUUGUUAUGCAAUAAUCUGUGAAUCAGUGAAAGUUUAUCUCUACUGAACUACUGAUCUUCAGAUUUUGUAAUCUUUCUGCUUUAAAAAUCUCUAUGAAGUAGUCUCAAAGAUAAUGUAUCGAAGGUCUUUGACUUGUAAAGCAGACCUAUUUCGUUUUGACGCUUGAUAAUUUAAUCAAUAAGAGAUUUUAUUUUUUUUAA